GGUAGACACCAAUAAAUCCCGUUACGCAGGGACAAAUUGGUUUAUUAUCUUGAGUCUGUUCUUAAGGCUUCACCACCAUCCUCCAUAUACCUACUUAUAUACAGACAUACGGAUAUGAACACCCAAGAAUAUACACCAAUCGUCAACUCUUUAGCCUAGAAAAGGAAGCUCAUUCCUUCAUGUACGAACAAGGGAAAGUAUUAUGGAGGCCGAUCUCAUUCCAGACCUCGUCAAGGGUGCCGGGUUACGACCCCAAUUUCCAAGACUCUUGGCUUCUUAGCUUUCACGCUAUUUUUGUAUAAACCGUCUUACCAACUCGUAGAUCUUCAAGACACGAUCUCCUUUUUUAUCUAACACUCGUUUUCUGACCGUUGAACGUUGAAUCGUUUCAACCUCCUUUGCUCGGUUUCCCCCUCAUGCUUUCGCUGUUGAUAUUGCUGUUUCACUGACGAUAAGUAAACUAUGCGGUCGAGCAAUGUCCUUCUGUCGGCGUCUGUAAUAAUCGGGCGGGUGCUUGGCGACUCCUGUCCCAGCUAUUCGAAUUAUGCUCUAUCGCGAAACCCUCCUCUAACAACCGGCGCCUACAAGCUCGCGUACCAACGACCGACUCCAGAAUGUCGAACUUUCAACUCGAGCGGUGUGGAAGAUGCUAUUACACGCAUGAAGAGUGCUAUCAAAGAUGAAGAAUUAUUCCGACUCUUCGAAAAUACCUUCCCGAAUACCCUCGAUACGGCUAUAAAAUGGCGGGGAGUUGCUGCGAAUAAUUCGAAUGAGGAACUAGCUUUCGUUAUCACCGGUGAUAUCAAUGCCAUGUGGCUUCGUGACUCGGCGAACCAGAUAGCUCCGUAUAAGACCGUGUUGAAAAAGUCGACAGAUGACAUCGCCUCGGUAUUCCGUGGCGUCAUCAAUUUACAGGCUCGAUACUUAAUCAUAUCGCCCUACUGCAAUGCCUUCCAACCACCACCCGAGUCGGGCAUGAAGCCGGACUCGAACGGCGGUAUAUACUCGGUUACGCCGUCUUACGAUCGUGAUAUAGUUUACACAUGUAACUUCGAGCUCGAUGAUUUCGGUGGCUUCUUACAGCUUUCGCACGAUUACUAUACUGCAACAGGGGAUGUGGAUUUCUUUGGCAAAUUUCAAUGGAUCCCGGCAGUGCAGUCCAUUCUAAGUGCCUCAGAAGCAAUGCGACAACCUACAUAUGGGCCUGAUGGCAAGUGGAUCCGCCCUGCAUACACAUUUCAAUCGCAGACAAUGUCUGCAUCUGGGACUUUAGGUAAUAACGGUAUGGGAAGUCCCGUAAAUGAUACGGGUAUGGUACGAUCUCCCUUCCGACCGAGUGACGAUGCGGCCAUAUUCGACUUCCAAAUCCCCGCGAACAUGAUGCUAUCAAGAUACCUAGAGUCUACAGCCGAAAUUGCGGAACAACUCCCAAACGCCCCUAAGAGUUUGGCGCGAGAAAUGAGGGAUAUGGCUUCCGAGAUCAAAGCAGCUAUUCAACAAUGGGGUAUUGUGAAGGCACCGAACGGACGGGAAGUAUUCGCGUACGAAGUCGAUGGGUUUGGAGGCCAGAAUUUAAUGGACGAUGCGAACGUGCCCUCCCUACUCUCUGCGCCAUUCCUAGGAUACUUGGAUAAGGAGGAUCCGAUUUAUCAGAGCACCCGUGCGUUUAUUCUUAGUCGAAGCAACCCCUGGUGGUGCUCUGGCCCAUAUAUCAACGCGAUUGGCAGCCCCCACAUCCGACCCGGCGCUGCGUGGCCUAUGGCAGCUAUCAUGCGAGUAAUGACCACAGACGAUGAUGCGGAAAUCAUAGCGGCUGUCAAAGAGGUGCUUAGCACGACCGAUGGAUAUGGUUUAAUCCAUGAGAGUGUUGACAGCUUUACCCCGAGUAGUUGGACACGCCAAUGGUUUACAUGGGCUAAUGGUCUUUUUGGUCAAAUGAUUAUGGACCUAGCAGACAGGAAACCACACAUUUUGAAAGAGAGCUUCCAACCUUUCUUCAUAGAAAAGAAUUAGCAUUGUUUUAAUGAUACCAUAUUGUUAUACCCAAUCACAAGCCAUAUUGACUAAUUACGCCCCUAACCCCUGUUUUUAUACAGCUAACGAUUUUUUGAAGUCAUUCACCUGUCAAAUCACAAUAAGAUUGGGGCCGUGCAGCCAGGAAUUUGACGUCCAGAUAUCAUGGGGACGGCUCAACAAUUCAGCAAUAUAGUAAAACUCUUCCCCGAACCCUA